CGGGCGGCGGGAGCAGGCGCAGGGCGGCGGCGCUGCCGCGGGCGGCCGGGCGGAGAGCGAAGGGCCCCGGCAGCGGCGCGGGGCCGGCGGGCGGCGGGUCGCGCUUCUUGGCGGCGCCCAGCAGCAGCUUCUGCCCCGGCGCCGCCUCGGGUGCGGGUCCGCCCGCGGCGCCGAACCCCGGCAGCGGCGCGAAGUCGGGGAGCAGCUCCAGUCCUUCCUCGGGAUAAAAAGGCGCUUCCAUCUUCACGGCGGAUCGGCCGCUCCGCCCGCUGCUCAUCCUGCCGCCCCUUCGCCCGGCGGCUCCGAGCCGGGCCGCGCCGGGCUGGGCGGCUGCUCCGCGCCUGGCAGCGGGGACUGAGCCGCCUCCCGGCGCCGCCGGCCCCGCCUCCCACCGGUGCCCCCGCGCCUGCCCCCCUCCCCCCGCCGGGCGUGCGCGAAACGGCUCCUGGCGGGGCGGCCGCGGGAAAGCCCGGCAGCGCCCGGGAUGCUCCGGUCGCAGCUCCGGGGCUGCUGCGGGCGGCGUGUUACACGCCCAGGGACCCGGAGCUGGACCUAGAAACGCACUCAGGCGUUUAGUUUGUUACUAUGUUGUUACAGUCCUAAGUCAAGAGUAUAAGCUUAAAUCUAGACCCGAUGUUAACAUCCUAUAAGGGUUCGUGAGGGGCUAUACGACCUGUCUGAAGUUCAGUGAUAAAGUCUUUUUAGAUGUUUCCACGAGGUUGCUGCAGGUGAAGUUUUGCAUCUCCGUGAUGUUAUGUUGACAUCGGUGGGGGUCUCAGACCAGCUGAGAGGGAGCUCCAAUUAUGACCCCCUCCUCUCAUCCUCUUAUAGUCCCUUCCGGAGUGAUAACAUCUGGGGUAUCAGUCAGCCCAGCUCCUUAUCUUCUUUACCUUUUGGCCAGUGACACCACUGGUAAUGGUCACAGUGGGUUGCUUUGGCCCCCCUGCCAGUGCACCCUGAACUAGCGUGUAGGGAUCUGAAAAACUCUGGGGUCAUACAUCAAGGCAUUUCCAGCACACAAAACUCAGGUUUUCCAUGUCCAUAGGUCACCCAAGUACAACAUAUAUUGGUUUCUAGUCAUAAAUCUUAUUAAUAUUUCUGUGUUCAGGGUCACCUCUGAUUCUUUGUUCUGUGGCUUUGGUGUAACACUGCAUACCAUCGUUGAUAUGGGGGAGGGGGUGACCAGGAGCCGAUUUGGUCAUCCUGAUAGGCAAACGAGUGACAUACACAUAAUCGCUAGCUCAUUCUCUCUGACUCGUCCUUGCUGCACGUGUGGGUUUUGAUGUGGGACACCAGACCUCCGUCUUGCCUCAGCAGAACAGUAGCCUUCUCAAGCAGCUUCAAGACAGGGAGGGAUAAGUCGCAGGGACUCAUGCGUGGAGUCUAUGAGGCACAGGGUAGUGAGGGUGUUUAGGGUUUAUUCUUCCCCACUAUACGGGGCAGGGAAACAUGCCAACUUACCAAAGGAAAAGCCAGGAGGAGAUGAGUCUGAUGUAGCUUUUCUUAUGAAAAAAAACCCAAAAAACCCCAUGAGAAAUGUUUUAGGAGUUUUUUCAACAUUACCGAAACACUCAUUUUAACAUUACUGAAACUGCUUUUCAGACUGGGGGUGGUAUUUGUUUAUAGCCACUUGAGGGAAUUCCCUCUGACCCUCUUGAAGUUCCAAAAUUCUUAAAGGGUGAGGAAACUGCUUUCCACCCUGUCUUUUAAAAAUCCCUUAUGUCGGUGAUACAAAUGUCAGCCUGACAGAGCUCCUAGAAGGUCUCUUUUAAGUUGGCUUGCGGACUGAGGGUCUUAGUGGCUGAUCUACACAUUCAUCAGUUCUCCUCAUCCAGGCAGAAUGCACCAGCAUUACUUCAAUUAGAGGUGUGCAUAUCGAGACUAAAUGCCUCUUCUCCCAGUGUCGACCAACACUGCUGAGCUCUGUUGUAGCUACAUCAGCCCCCCCUGCCGCCCCCCCUCCCCCACCUCAGUUUGCUCAAAAAAAGCUGUGGAGGGACUGUUUACAAAGGCUUGUAGUGAUAGGAUAAGGGGCAAUGGGGAGAGGAGAUUUAGACUAAAUGUAAGGAGGAAUUUCUUCACCUCUGAGAGUGGCGAGACACUGGAACAGGUUGCCCAGGGAAGCUGUGGCUGCCCCAUCCCUGGAGGUGUUCAAGGCCAGGUUGGAUGGGGCCUUGGGCAGCCUGAUUUAGUGGGAGGUGUCCCUGACCAUCACAGGGUAGCUGGAACUAGAUAAUCUUUAGGGUCCCUUUCAACCCAAACUAUUCUAUGAUUCUAAAACUGGGAGUUGGGAUGGGGGUGGGUAAGCAGGAGAGAGACACCUGUGUCAAGUCAAGGAGAAUCAGAGUCUAAAUGCACUAAUAAAGGCUUUGGUGAGUUUGACUCACCUGCCUUGGGGACCCCAACUACAUACCCAGCCUAUGAGGCAGGAACUCCAUUUCAGCUAAGCCCAGGGCCUUCAAGUCCCUGCCUAGCUAUGUUGCAGGUAUUCCCUUCUCCAGCCCCAUCUCCUGGGUGGACCUUGGACCUUUGUUUCCAGUCGUGUUCCUGGCACCAUUUCCUGCUGUUCCUGCCUGGGCUCCCUGGGUGGACCUUGUACCUGGUUCAUCACUUCACCUCAUCUGGGUGUAUCAGCAGGUCCAGUCACUACCUCCUGCUCUGCCUGCCCUGCUCAGGACACUGCAGGACUCUGCCCGGGCUGGUGAGGGACAACGCCUAGGCUCCAGCCACCCCCAGCUGAUCUUUCCAUGGUGUAGCCCAGCCCUGCCGCUCCCUGAGGCUGUGGCAGAGUCGUUGCCCAGAAAACUGGCUACAGCAGGACUCGAGCGAGAAGAAAGCCAUGAGGCAAAAGCCAGAGACAGAGGCAUGUGCAUGGAUAGAAGAGGAGAAAGCAUGUCUUUCUUGGUGAGGAAGGAGGUGCUAGAUGGAGCUUGUUUUUGUUUCCUUGUCUUUUGGCUGACCUAGCCGCACAGGGGCAGAGCUAGCAGUGCUCAGCCAACACGGAGUACUGAAAACCGCUAGCGCGAGCGGCUUUGUGAAAGUAUUGCUGCAGUUGCUUUUCCUGUCAUAUUCCUGGGUGAGCAAAUGGCAGUGACUGGUACCUCCUAUGUGGCCAGAGGGCUGUCCAGGCAGAGAAGCUGCUGCCCUCAAGCUAAAGUCAGUACAGGUUCUCUUCUUUUCCUUACAAAGCCUGUGCAGAGAGGGGAAGCAGACUCGAGGAGAAAAUGAGGUCGCGGGUGGAGAUGGAGAAAAAGUUGGUCACAGAAAUUCUGGACACGAUGUAGUAGAUGACAGAGAUGACACUAGAAGCAGGACCUUUCGUCAGUCCUCUGAAAAGAUUCGUUGGUCGGUUACAUGGGAUGGGUUUACUCACUGAUCUGAUGCAGAGCUAGAAGCUGAGCCUACAGAACGGGAAAACGCAGAAGCCGCCUGAAAUAAACUCGUUUGUAACAAUACACCAAUUUAUUUAGGUUGCUGCCAAAUACUUGCCGAUACACCGGCGAGCCAAGUUUUGUUGAGCGGCACGGAGCUGUUCUACACACCGUCCGUGCAGCUGCGCGCCAUGGCAACGCGCUCUUCUCGUUCCUUUUCCUUCCCACACCCCGCUUUUUGCAGCAGGGAGCCUGGAACCCUUCCGCCCCUUCGCCCCAACGUUAGCCCCUGAGGCGCCUCCGCUGCUCCCGCAGCUUCGCGGGGCUCCCGGGGGGGGGCGCCGCUGCCCAGAUGUGGUAGCGGAGGGAGGGGGCGGCGCCCCGUCUCGCGCUUGCACGCGGCGCCGCGAUUGGCCGCUCCGUCGGGAAGGCCCCGCCCCUCGCGCACGGACCGGCCAACAGGCGGGCGCGGCGCGCGGCGCUACAGCCAGAGACGCGCUGAAGCUGGCGCCGCCAUCUUGGAGUUGGGAGAGGCCGCGUCCCGUUCCCGUCCCUCUCGGAGGGUCACAGGCGAGGCGAGGGGAGGGAGAGGAGGGGGGGGCGGGGGAACAUGGGCUCCCGGCCGUGAAUUAACGGCGCCCGCCAGCUCGUCUCCCCGGCUCCGGGCCGCGGGGGAGGAAAAAUGGUGCAGUCCUGUUCCGCCUACCGCUGCCGGAACCGAUACGACAAAGAGAAGCCCAUCUCCUUCCACAAGUUUCCUCUGACCAGACCUGAUCUUUGCAAGAAAUGGGAAGCUGCUGUUAAAAGGAAAAACUUCAAGCCGACCAAGUACAGCAGUAUUUGUUCAGAACACUUCACUCCCGAUUGCUUUAAAAGGGAGUGUAACAACAAACUUCUGAAAGAAAAUGCUGUGCCCACAAUAUUUUGUUAUACUGAGCCCAGUGAAAAGCCUGAAGAGCUUGCUGAACAACCAGAAGAUCCAUUACCACCUCCUCCACCGCCACCACCACCACCGCCGCCACCGCCACCACCACCAGCAGCAGCAGCAGCAGCUCCUGUACUACCACCGUCUCCGUCAACACCUUCUUUUCAUUUAUCUCAAAUAGAUGCCAGGUUUGUAGAUCCAAGUAUUGGAUUAUUGAUGCCUCCUCUCCAGACCCCUAGCAACCUUGCUGUUUUUUGCGAUCAUAACUAUACUGUAGAGGAUACAGUUCAUCAGCGAAAAAGAAUUCAGCAGCUGGAGGAACAAGUUGAAAAACUGCGGAAGAAGCUCAAGACAGCGCAACAGCGAUGCCGGCGUCAAGAAAGACAAAUUGAAAAACUGAGAGAGAUUGUUCAGUUUCAGAAAGAAAAAGACAUAUUGGCAGGAAAAGGCUAUGUGAUUCUGCCCAAUGACUAUUUUGAAGUCGUAGAAGUACCUGCCUAGAAACCGUGAACAUCAGCUUUCACUUGCUAGGCCAAGAAAUUUAGCUUAAAAACUAAAUGCUCUCUAAUUCUGUAAGACUCUUCAGAAUUCUAAAACAGUAAAUAAGCAGUCAUGCAAACGAGAUUAUUUUGUUGUUUUCAUUUCAGUUUGACACACGUUUAAUAUAUUGAAAAUACAAGCAUCUCAUAAUUAGAAUAUGCAUUUAGUUUACAAAAUCUGAAUUGCAUUACAGAUGGAAAGGAUGCAAGGUUUAAAAUCUGUUUUGGUUUUUUUUUUUUUUUCUUGUAAUGGCUGUCUUAUGCUUACAAGGGAUGGGGAACUGAAUCUGGCUGAGAGUGAAGUUGAGGUUGUUGUAUCCUUAGCACAAAGCUUUGCUAAGGCAUUUAGUGUUGGCCCUGGUGAUCCCCAGGAAACAAUUUUCACUGAUUUCAGAAGUAGUAGAAUUAGGCCAUCUAAGAACACCCGCAACUGCUGCAGAAAGAUUAGAUACACAUUUCAGCCUGGGAAAACUUUCAACCUCAGUUUGCUAUGCCUUCAAAGCACUGCAAAACGUCUAAUUCCUGGAUCCCUUCGGUGAGUUAUGUAAAUAAACCUCUUAUUUUGGAGUAACCUUUCACCACGUGUGUGUUGUGAGGGAGAUGAGAAUUCAUUAGCAUAGCUGAUGAGAGCUGUAGAAGAGGCUUUAGUUUUGAGAGCGCUUAAAAAUACUCCUGCAGUGCAGUCGUGCACUGAACAUAUAUGUUAUUGGACUGUCGGCAAGAUCAAGAAGGCAGUGUACUAUUUAAGAUGACUGCUUUUCAAAAGUGCCCUGAUAAUAUACAGUCCCCAAUAUGCUGGAGUGUGACAUCCCUGUCUUUGAAAUUCUUGGUCUUAACUCACAUCUCAGCUCUGUGUAGCUUCAGGAAAUGAAGCUUUUUCGUGUAUGCAGGGUGUCAGGGAUUUGUGACUUCCAUUGCAGUACACUCUGAUUUUGGUUUUAGUGUUUUUUUUUUUUUUCUCCCGUUUCUUUUUCUCCCCAAAAGACAUCCACCAAAGGGCAGUCAUGGAGUUAGACUUUGGGACUUGCUUGGUGCUAGACUGGUUUUUAAUAUCUCUCGUGCUGCUGCAUCUCCUUCAGCCUUAUCAAUACUCUUUCUGAAAAUGAAUUUAGUGUGACAAAGUAGCGGAGCAGUUGGCACUUACUGUCUAAUAAUUUGUUGAAGCAAUGAACUCAUUCCAAGUCAGAGAAAAUGUCAUCAUGCUAACCCUAUUGUAGCCUUUACAGCUGAAAUUCCUGGAUGUAUUAGACAUGAAAAAAAUUACUUUUCUCAGUCAUGUCAAACUUGCGUGUAGUGUGGAUUCUAGCUCUGACAUUAAUCAAGCCCUGUUCAUGACAGCUUUAAAAGCUUCCCUUAAUACCCUGUAAGCAUGACAUCUUGAAAUGUUUUGAACCAGGCUUGGUAAUUCUGACCUCACUCAUGCUGCGUAUCUACUCCCCCUACCAUUUAAUAUACUUAAGAUGAACAAAAUGCUGAUGCAUCCUUUUGUGUACAUUUAUUAUACUUGAUUAAAAAUAAAAAACAAAUGGUGUGUUAGAUUUUUAACUGCUCUCUCCUCCUUUCCCAGGACUUUGCCACAAGUAACUUGACGUUUUAUACCUUUUUUU